AAAAGCAAUAUAAUAAUAAAUUGUGUGAUUUUAUUUAUACCAAGUUACAGUGAUUUGAAAAAUGUAAUAGUAUAAAUCUAAUAUAUAAAUAUAAUUUAAUAUGAUAAACAAUGACCUUAUAUUUUGACAUACGAGUGCAAAAUCCUGAAACUGCUUCAAUAAAUACAUUUGUAACUUGGCACAAUAACUAUCCCUUAUUAGCUGUUUCUGCAUAUUCUCAAGACAAGGGUGGCUUUAUAACCAUUUAUGAUGAUCAAGGUGAACCUGUGCAGGACAUUGAAUCACCAGGACAUAUUGUAGCGCAAGUUACUGCACUCGGAUGGCAUCCUGAGAGGACAUGGUUGGCAGCAGGAUGGGAGAGCGGAGAAUUACGAGUAUGGCCAGGAGAUACCGGAACACAAGAAUUCAGUAUAAUAGUAACUCCUCAUCGAGAAUCUAUCACAAUUCUGCAAUGGAGUCAGUAUGGUGGCUGCUUAGUAUCUGCAGAUACUGGUGGAUCUAUAGUUGGCUGGAAAAUAGAUUCCAGAGGACAACUUUUCAUGACAUUCCAUCAUGAAUUGAAAGAGUCUUUCACACAAAUUGCAUUUAGAACAAAUCUCCCAAAACCAGCUAUUGAUAUUAGUGGAUUGGCAAAGGCAGCAAUUGCUGGUGAUGAAAGAGCCUUAGAUUUAUUCAGUUCGUGGCGGCCAAGAACUGCUGCACCAACAAUAGUUUCAACUCAACGAGACAAUCAUGCAUUCUACAUUGGUACUGCAAAUGGCAUCAUAUACUUUGUUGACUCUCAGGGACAGUGUAAGGAAGUUCUUAGUACUGAUGGUGCAACAUUAUACUGCUUACUGUAUCAUCAGACCAGGGACUCUAUCAUCAUCAUGACAGAGGGAUUAAAUAUUGGGCACUUUCAAUCAGAUACAAUUAGCGGAGAGCUCACUGAGUUGACAAAGGUAAAAUUAAGUAGCAGAAAUGAUAUAUCGCGUACUGCUAGUAUCACUCUAUGCUGGAUCAGUGGGAACACCUUGGCUGUACUCACAGGAGAACUCGCAAUCCGAUGUUGGGAUCUUCAUACAGGUGACACAUACGUUCUCUCGCCUCCAGAUUCAUCUAACGGAAAUAUUGCCACUCCUCAGGAAAUGUGUACCAGUUUGGCGUUUUGCAAAAACAAUGAUACUUUGGCUGUCGGUACCAAUUUAGGAACAAUCUAUUUAUGGAAACGGAAAUCUUCCCCCGACAAUGAUGAGAAUGCCUGGCCGAGCAUGCCGGAAUCUUGCACGAUUCAUGGAACAGUAAAGCAAUUGACGUGGGGCAUGAGUUUAUCACGGAAUUUCCUUCUGGCUGUCAACUGCAUCACUAAUGUAUUUAUCUUGCGUCAACAGCCGAUGUGCGCUGUAUAUAAUAAUGGCAUUUGCGCGAGUCAGCUCACACCUACACAGAUUCUGCUCGAGAUUGACGAACAGAGCUAUACGCUAAAGACGGAGAUUCAAGUGCAAGUCAUUGCCGUUACAAAAGAGUAUGUCGCCGUUUCUUCCGGUAGACAAAUUAUUGUCAAUCGCAUUAACAAAAGUAUCAAUCUCAACACGACUGUAUUGGCGACCUUCACUUGUGAUACCGAAAAGAUGCUCAUUUACGAGCAUACAUUGAUUGUGUUGACUCCAAUAAUCAUUCAGCUGCGAUCUGUAGAAGGUUCCGUCAUUCAGACACUGCCAUCUUUACCAGAAGAGGGCGAACCGAUCACAAUGGAGUUAACAGGACAGUAUUUGACCGUUGCAUCAUUGAAUGGUAUCCUAAAAAUAUGGGAUCUGGGCAAGCAUGAGGCUAAACUACAUACUCGAGCUAUGGCGACAUAUGAGGCAAUAAGCGACUUUGCCGAAAUUAUUGAGGCAAGAUGUAAUUCGGAUUGCCGUUGUGUCUCGAUCACUGUCGCAAUGGCGAAUCUUAUGCCUAGUUCGAUUUUAUAUGUUUGGGAUAUUGAAAGCGACCAAGUCCACGAGUUCGAUUUCGGAGAGUCAAACGACAUUAUUGAUGACGAUUCCACGUUAGUUACACAAUGCAGAGGAAGGUUGGUUACGGCACAUUGCUGGGAUAUGGAGGAUCCCAGAUUACUGGUAUGUCGAGCUCAAAGAUUGGAUAGCCGUGAUUCUAAGAGCUAUUAUAAGGGCGGAGAUAAGAUUACACAAGCUCCCGUAGUAUUGGUAUCAUUAUUCGCAACAUCAGACCAUAGUAUUGUCGUGCAAGACGUGAAACCGAUAGCUGACGAGAAUUGUCGAUUGUUAGGUGUGCAUUCGCCAUAUAUCGUUAUUCUGAACUCUGAAAAGAGUUUGGAUAGAAACAGUAAGAUUGUGCAGCUGUUAAUGAGAGACUUUGAAGAAUUGGGAGAUUGCGAUUCUAUCACGAAAAAGGCAGUGAUGGAUUUCAGUUAUCAUAUUAGUGUGGCAAAUAUGGAAGAGGCUUUUAAAGCCAUUAAAUCCAUAAAAAACGAAGCUGUUUGGAAGAGCUUAGCUAAAAUGUGCGUGAAAACAAAGCAAUUAAACAUGGCUCUUCUCUGUCUGGGUCACAUGAAGCAAGCUAAUGCUGCACGGGCUCUACGUGAAACGAUACAAAAUGAUACUUUGAAUUUAGAAGCACAAGUAGGAAUACUAGCUGUUGAACUUGGUCUUUAUACUGAUGCUGAACAUUUGUUUCGAGAAGCAAAACGUCUGGAUCUGCUAGGACAAUUAUUCGAAGCGCGGAACAAAUUCAAGGAAGCAAUUGAAUUAGCCAGCAAUGAAAAUAAGAUUUGCGAAAAGACAAGCUAUUACAAUUACGCUCGUACACUGGAGCAGCAAGGUAAAAUAGCGGAAGCUAUCGAUAUGUAUACGAAAGCUGAUUGCCAUCGAUUUGAAAUACCCAGAAUGCUUUUGAUGAGACCUCGAGAGCUCCUCACAUAUCUCAAUAAUUCCGAAGAAUUAGUUACAUUAAUACUGUCGCGUAGGGAAAUUAAAAAUUGGCAUGCCCAAUACAUCGAGUCGACUGGCGAUAUGGAGACCGCUUUGCAUCUUUACGAGCAGGCAAAAGAUACUUUGUCAAUGACAAGACUACUUUGUUAUUUCAAAAGAGAGGACGAAGCAUGCGAACUAGUAACUAAAACAGGUCAUGCCGCAUCAGCGUAUCAUCUUGCUGCGCAUUACGAAUCGAAGAAUAAUGUGACACAAGCGAUCCAUUUUUAUACAGUCGCUAAAGCUUAUACGAAUGCGAUUCGACUAUGCAAGGAGCAUGAUAUGCUGGAAGAACUAUGGCCUCUGGCCAUAUUAGCGACACGGCAUUCGCAGAUAGACGUUGCCAAGUUUUAUGAGGAUAACAAUCAACCAGAUCGUGCAGUGCUAUUGUAUCAUAAAGCUAAUCUCUUGCAUAAAGCUUUAGAUAUUGCGUUUAAAACGCAACAAUAUAGCGCGUUGCAGCUAAUUAUCAUGGAUGUAAAUGCGGAUUCCGAUCCAGCAUUGAUUCGCAAAUGCGCCGAUUAUUUCAUGCAAAAUGACCAAAUCGACAAAGCGGUAGAUUUACUCGCAACUGGCAAAGACUACAUGGCAGCUUUAGAGCUGAUCCAACAACAUAACGUCGUGUUAACCGAAGAGCUCGCGGAAAAACUAACAGUUGAAAAAAGAAAUGACGACGAUGUGGAAUAUGAACGUUUGAGAAUCUCUACACUUGAGAAAAUAGCGGAGAUCGGUUUCGAUCAAGGAAACUAUCACCUUGCGACCAAAAAAUUCACACAAGCUGGGAACAAGCUGCGCGCUAUGAAAGCAUUGCUCAAGUCUGGCGAUACCGAAAAGAUCUGUUUCUUUGCGCAAGUCUCGAGAAAUAGCGAGAUCUACAUUAUGGCGGGCAAUUAUCUGCAAUCUCUAGAUUGGCAGAAUCAACCGGAGAUUCUGAAAAACAUUAUCAGUUUCUAUUCCAAAGGCAAAGCAAUGGAUCUAUUAGCAAAUUUUUAUGUGGCAUGUGCACAGGUAGAAAUCGAUGAAUUUCAGAAUUAUGAGAAAGCGCUGGAUGCAUUGAAUCAAGCUAGUAGGUGUUUAAUUAAGGUAAUGGCACCGCGUGAUCCGGAUGUUCACAAACGAGCGAUGGAAUUAGUCAACAAUAGAAUGUCAACGAUUAAACGCUAUUUGGAUAUUAAAAGAUUAUUUGAGAGGGGCGAGACGGAGACAGCAAUGCAACAGAUUCGAUAUUUACUAGAUUCCCAAGGGCCCAGUCUGGAACAGUCGGUGCGUCGCGGCGAUUUAUUCGCGACAAUUACACAGCAUUAUGCCAAUAUAGGGGACACUGAGAAAGCUAAGGCUACCAUCGAAGACUUGAAACGCUUGGUACCAGGAAUUAAUUUGAGUUAUUACUUUAACAUAAAUCUUCUUGAACUAUUGGGAUACAAAAUGACAGUGGAACAGCAGGACGGUUCCGAUAAGGAUGAUGGAAUUGAAGAGCUCUUAGGAGAAUAAAGCUUCAUUAAAAAAUUGAUUUUAAAUUAAAAAAUUAAUAAAUAGGGGUAAUUGCCAGUUGAGUAUGCUCUUUCAAAGGCGUCCUCAACGUUCACACAUGCAAUGAUUUAGACAUGUCUCUGUGUCUGCUACUUCCAUAAAAGAUAAAGAAUAAUUAAAUUAUAAAUACGAGUGUAUCUCAUGGAAGUAGCAGACACAGAGACAUGUCUAAAUCAUUGCAUGUGUGAACGUUGAGGACGCCUUUGAAAGAGCAUACUCAACUGGCAAUUACUUCUAAACAAGUGAGGAUUGCAUCGGGAUCUGCCGAAUACGAGUCGAAUGCUCACUCGCUAUAUAGCUUAGUAAGUCACAUUAAGAAUGUACUGGUGCUAACAUUCUAACAUUGACAAUACCCUGAAAAUUUAAUAAAUUGUUUCUAUUUAUUAUAUCUGAACACGUAUAAAACGUGUAAAAUCUGACUGAUUCCCAAACCGGUUCAUGAGUAAUUCAACUUUUAAUUUUGCAUGAGUUCUUAUGGACUAACAGCAUAUUUCCACUUAUAUAAACGAAAUUAUAAGGAAGCACCAUUGUCAAUAUUCUGAAAUUUUCCCAGUCAGCAAAGUCUGUUCGGACAGAUUUUACCAAACGUCUGCUACAAAUUUUUGUCAGCAGAAAAACUGCAGAUUGUAUACAAAGUCUGUUAUAUCAGAUAAUGAUAGCAGAAUGUCAGCAAAAAUAUUACAGAACUUGCUGACAUAAUUUGACAGCAGAUCAGUAGCAGAAACCGAGCAGGAUUUGCACAGAAUUAUCAUAGCAGAUUGGCAGCAGAAACCAAGCAGGAUCUGCGCAAUGCAGUUUGAUGCCAGAUUGGCGGCAGAAACCGCGCAAGAUUUGCGCGCGCGCAAUCUGACGACAAAUUGGCAGCAGAAAUCGAGCAGAAUAUGCAGCUUUUAGCUAUUUAUAUAAUUUAUUGAAAUAGUAUAUUUUAUUCGCUUACCGCUAUGCGGCGCACUAUACAAGCAUACAAGAAUAAGAGUAUACAAAGUGAAUACACUUUGUAUACUCGUAUUCAAAUUCUUGUCAUGAACAUAUAUAAAGCCUGCAAAAUGGGGCUAAUAAUAUAUGUAAUUAUUUCCAUCAGUUUAAUUUCUGAUACGAUUUCCGUACAGGGGAAUUCAGAUAUUGAACUGAUUUUUGGGAAAUUGGACAGAUAAAUGUCCGUCAAUUUCUGUCCGAAUAAGUAAAAAUAUUUCGUUAUUAUCUACUUAAGAUAU